UCUGCGGCGCUGCCCUCGCCCAGCCCUCGGCCGCCUGAGUCACGGCCCGCCGGCCGGCCCGGCCCAGCAGGACGCCCGCCCGCCGCCCCGCAGCCGCUGCCUCCCGCGCGGGGGGGGCCUUCGGCCUUCACCCGAACAGCGGGGCACUGAGCCUCUGGCCAUUGCCGGAGCCACUGGCGGCUCGCGAAGACGCCCUUCAGUUUUUAUCCCCUCCUCUCCCAGUUCAUUCUUGGCUGCUCGGGGUGGGGAGCGGUCCGUCCGGUGACCCUGUAGGUCGGGCUUGGAGGGCGCCGGCUCUGCGGCAACAGACUGCGCUCCUCUGGGCGCUGGGCGGCCCGCUGCCUCCGAGGCCCGGGCGACCUCCGCGGUCUCCAUGGUAACGGCCGCGCCGGCGUCUCGGCCUCGGGGGGAAGAUGCGGCCUGCGGGGCGCGCUGUCUCGCCCCCGACCUCAUGGCGGGGCCGGGGCCACUGAGGAGGAGGGUCCCGGCCGCCGGACUGCGGGGCAGCGGGCACCAGUGAAAUCCCAUUCUCAGCCUGGAGACGCAGAUGGCCUCAAAUGAGAGAGAUGCUAUAUCGUGGUACCAAAAGAAGAUUGGAGCAUAUGAUCAGCAGAUAUGGGAAAAGUCAAUCGAACAGACUCAGAUUAAGGGCUUCAAAAACAAACCAAAAAAGAUGGGUCACAUAAAACCAGACUUGAUUGACGUUGACUUAAUUAGAGGCUCAACAUUUGCCAAAGCCAAACCUGAAAUUCCAUGGACAUCUCUGACUCGGAAGGGGCUUGUUCGAGUUGUGUUGUUUCCAUUGUUCAGCAGUUGGUGGAUUCAGGUUACCUCUUUAAGAAUCUUUGUUUGGCUGCUACUACUUUACCUCAUGCAAGUUAUAGCACUCGUGUUAUAUUUUAUGAUGCCUAUUGUGAAUGUAAGUGAAGUCCUUGGACCCUUGUGCCUUAUGUUACUCAUGGGAACUGUCCACUGUCAAAUUGUUUCCACUCAGAUAACAAGGCCAUCGGGAAACAAUGGAAAUCGGAGAAGAAGAAAAUUACGGAAAACUGUCAAUGGCGAUGGGAGCCGAGAAAAUGGAAGUAACUCCUCUGAUAAAGUCAGAGGAGUAGAAACUUUGGAGUCUCUUCCCCUUAUUGGCAGUUUUUGGGAGACCCUCUUUGGCAACAGGAUUAAAAGAGUAAAAUUGAUAUGUAACAAAGGGACUGAAACUGACAAUGACUCAAGCUGUCUGCAUCCUAUCAUUAAGAAGAAACAGUGUCGACCAGAGAUUAGAAUGUGGCAAACAAGAGAGAAAGCAAAAUUUUCAGAUGGAGAUAAGUGCCACAGGGAGGCUUUCAGGCAUCUGGGUAAUGGGAUUUCAGAUGAUCUGUCUAGUGAGGAGGACGGUGAAGCCCGGACGCAGAUGAUGAUGUUGCGCAGGAGUGUGGAAGGGGCCUCAAGUGACAACGGCUGUGAAGUUAAGAAUAGAAAAUCAAUACUUACCAGGCACCUAAACACUCAGGUAAAGAAGACCACUCCCAAGUGGUGUCACAUUACGCGGGAUUCGGAUAGUCUGGUCGAAUCGGAAUUUGAAUCAGCGGCCUUCAGUCAGGGCUCUAGGUCGGGCAUGAGUGGUGGCUCUCGAAGCCUCAACAUGUUGAGAAGAGACUCAGAAAGCACCCGCCAUGACUCGGAGACUGAGGAUAUGCUAUGGGACGACCUGCUGCAUGGCCCAGAGUGCCGGUCGUCUGUCACCAGUGACAGUGAGGGGGCCCAUGUGAAUACCCUUCACUCAGGGACCAAACGUGACCCCAAAGAAGAUGUUUUUCAGCAGAACCACUUAUUCUGGCUUCAGAACUCAAGUCCUGCCUCUGAUCGAGUUAGUGCAAUCAUCUGGGAAGGGAAUGAGUGCAAAAAGAUGGAUAUGUCUGUGUUGGAAAUAAGUGGCAUCAUCAUGAGCAGGGUUAAUGCAUAUCAGCAAGGAGUAGGUUAUCAGAUGCUGGGAAAUGUCGUCACCAUUGGAUUAGCAUUUUUUCCUUUUUUACAUCGACUUUUCCGUGAGAAGAGCCUUGACCAGCUAAAGUCCAUUUCAGCUGAGGAGAUCAUGACUCUCUUUUGUGGGGCACCACCUGUUACACCUAUUAUUAUUUUGUCUAUGAUUAAUUUUUUUGAACGAUUGUGUCUUACUUGGAUUUUUUUUUUCAUGAUGUGUGUGGCAGAGAGAACAUAUAAACAGAGAUUUUUAUUUGCAAAACUCUUCAGCCAUAUUACCUCUGCCAGGAAAGCUAGGAAAUAUGAAAUACCUCAUUUCAGACUUAAAAAAGUGGAGAACAUUAAGAUAUGGUUAUCACUGCGUUCCUUUCUAAAGAGACGGGGUCCACAGCGUUCAGUUGAUGUGGUUGUAUCUUCAGUCUUCUUGCUGACACUUUCAAUUGCUUUCAUUUGCUGUGCCCAGGUUCUCCAAGGGCAUAAAACUUUCCUGAAUGAUGCUUAUAAUUGGGAAUUUUUGAUCUGGGAAACAGCUUUACUACUUUUCUUACUGCGUCUGGCUUCACUGGGGUCUGAAACCAAUAAGAAAUACAGCAAUGUUUCAAUAUUACUUACUGAGCAGAUUAAUUUAUAUCUUAAGAUGGAGAAAAAGCCGAAUAAGAAAGAACAGCUUACUCUAGUAAAUAAUGUAUUAAAGCUGUCCACCAAGUUAUUGAAAGAGCUGGACACACCAUUUAGACUCUAUGGACUGACAAUGAAUCCCUUAAUCUACAAUAUCACACGAGUCGUUAUCCUUUCUGCUGUCUCAGGUGUUAUAAGUGAUCUUCUAGGAUUUAAUAUAAGACUGUGGAAAAUUAAGUCAUAAGCUGAGCCAUGUGCCUGGACUCUUCCCUUGCUGGCAUCAGUACUGACCCAUUGAGGAAGGAGAGGACUUGCAGAAACCAUGAGACACCCACCUGCUUGUUCACACACAGAGGUGCCCUCAGCUCUGCCUAAUCUUAUGAAUGGUGUUUUCAGAGGAACAGAUCUUUUUCCAGCGGGGCGUGCACGCCAAAAGUUGUAUUUUCAUGGUUUUCAAAUAAUAUGAAUAGUCAGGAGACUAAAGAUCGUGCGUUGUGGUAACAUAAGGACAACUUUCUAAGUUAGGAAAGUUGAUUUGGGGCACUUUAGUGCUGUGACAGUUAUAUUUACUGCAAGUAGUCUUUUGGGUUACUAUGGUAGAUGCCUGACGCAUGAAGAAAAUAUCCUCUCUUGGAAAUGGCAAAUUCAGUACUUUUCUAUUAAGUCUAAACAAUUGGAGAUUUCUUUUCUCUAGCAGAGAGAUAUCAAAUUUAAACUAUUUUAGGUUGAACCCAAAUAAAAGAAUUUUCUUGGAGAAUUUCAGUUUCUAGGCUUUUUUGUUGUUGUUGCAGAAACAAAAAUAACCUUUUAACCUGUGAAUUUCAGUUAAUGGUGGAGAAAAUUUUAAUUCGUUUACAGUUUUGAAGUUAAUCCUAAGAACUGCAUAGUUGGGGAAAGAGACAUGCAUGUAAUGUGCCAUGUAAUUCACGUACUCGUUCAUGUCCAUCAUAUAACACGGUUUCCACAUAAAUCAUCUGAGCCUGUUGCCUAUCACAGUGCUAAGUGAAGCGUGGAUAGUUUGUCUGUUGUACGACUCAAGGUACCCGAACCUCGGUUCAAUUUCAGGUCCUUAGUGUCUGUACUCAGCCAAGGUAUGCGUUUGAUGAUUUGGAUUCUCUCAUCAGCAUUCCGUUACACACACAUGCAUAUACAUAUGUUAAUGAAAACUCUCGUAGCCUACAUACAAUUCUUGCUCUUAAACUGUCUGCUUUGAAGAAUCUCUUGAGGCAAAUUGAAAGCCUGAACAUUUUAAUGAUAAGAUUUUAUGAAUUUUUAUUUUAUCUUAUUGUUUUAUUGAAAUAGAAUUAACCUGCAGUGUUAUAUUAUUUCCAGGCAUACAAUAUAAUGUUUCAACAAUUCUAUACUUUAGUCAGUGCUCAUCACAUGAUAAGCGUACUUUCAUUCCCCUUCAUUUUGUGAAUUUUUAGAAGGAAAUGAUUUAGAAACCUAGGUAUUACAUGUAAAGUAUGUACCCACACAAAAUCACUGUAUCAAUUAUACAUAUCCUAAUGUGCAGGAAGAUUUUUGAAGUUUAAAGAUGAACUUCUCAAGAGUCCAGGGAUUGAGAUCAGACCUAUCUGGGUUCAUAUCCUUGGCUCUGCAACUUACUAGCUUCAUAAUCUAAGGCAAAUUACUUAAACUCUGUGCAUCUUAAUUUCUUCAUCUGUUAAUUGGGAAUAACUACUACCUAAUAGAGUUUUUGUUGUUGUUUUUUAUUAUUAUUAUUUAUUUUAUUAUGUUAUGUUAAUCACCAUACAUCACAUCAUUAGUUUUUGAUGUAGUGUUCCAUGACUCAUGGAACACUACCUAACAGAGUUUUUAAGGUUGAAUGAAAUUAUCAUGUAAGAUACUUAAUGCAACAUAUAGUAUGUAGCACUUUGUAAAUCCAUGACAAACAUUUGUUGUUACUAUUUAAGACCUUUAGAAAUUCUUUCACCAAUAGAUUCCUAUCUGUGAAGAUAGAAACAUAGGAAGCAAGGUUUCUGAACUAGGAGGGAUUACCAAAAAUUUGCAGCCAUUUUAAAUGCUGCAUGAGAGUUAUAAUUUCUUUUAAAGGUACAGCCCCAUUAUAGUGAUUUUGCCUGUAGAAGCAACUGUUUUGUAAAGGCACUUCAGUGUCUCAUCAGAUGGCUCCUAGAAAUCAUGCUUUUACUAUUUUCCAUAAGGAACAAUAGCAACUGUGUCAAUUCAAGAUUGAGCUCAGUGCAAAUUUCAGAUGAACAAAGCUCAUGCCUGUAUCUUUUCUCCUACAAAAAAGUGCUGUUUGGUUUUUAUUUGCAACUUUUACACAGUGAUUGUUUAGUUUAAAUGCAGUAUUUAGAAUAGUUUACUCUGAUGGGUUGUUGCAGUUACAGUUUAGAUAGUGUAUAAUUGGUUUAAACUAUUUUUUCAGGUGGAUAAAAUUAUAUAUAAGUAUAGUUGCUCAUGUUGGAAACAGGAAUCAUUCUUGAUUCCUUCCUCUUCCUCAAACCUCACGUCCAGGCACUAAAUCUUUGAGUUAACUGUCUUCUAGAUAUUUUUCUAAUCAAUGCACUGUGCUCCAUACCCACUUUUAUGACCCCAGUUGAUGUCAACAUUCUUUGUUUUUGUGAACAAGUUUAUGCUUCCUUUGCUCUUACCCCCAAUGGGGGAUAUGGCCCCUUGUCCCCCAAGCCCAAUCUAUUCUCAGAAAGUUAAUGUGUCUUUCCUAAAAUGCAACUCAUCAUUUAGAAUCUACUGGUGGCUUACAGUUACUUUGAAGAUAAAAAUCCAAAAUCCUUUUAGCAAUGUGUACAAGGCUACCUUGUUGAGAAAGAUUUUUGAAUCUAUAUUUGAAAGGUAUUUCUGUUGGGUCUAAAACUCUAGUUUUAAAGGUGUUGUUGCUCUACUAUCUCCUGGAUUGUGUUGUUUCUGAUAAGAAGUCUGCUGUCAUUCUUAUCUUUUUAAACCUCUGCUGCUUUUAAUUUAAGGUUUUUAUCAUCAAAUUUGUGCAGUUUAAUUAUAAUGUGCAUUGGUGUAGUGUUCUUCAUGAUUUUUGUGCUUGGGGUUUGUUGCACUUAUUGGACUUGUGGAUUUAUAUAGUUUAAUUUUGGCUGUUAAAAUUUUUUAGGAAAAAAUUUCCUAAAAUAAGUUUUCUCUACCCCACUCUCUCCUACCUCCUUCUGGGACUCCAAUUUACAUGUACGUUAGUCUGCUUGAAGUUGUCCCACACCUUACUGAUGUUUUGUACAUUUCCCAUCUUCUUUCUCUGUCUUUAAGUUUGGAUAGUUUCUGUUGCCAUGCCUUCAAAGUUCACCAACUUAUUCUUCUGCACUAAUUUGAUGUUAAUCUUACCUAAUGUAUUUUUGUCGGUGGAAAUUCGAUUUUUUAAAAUCUUUCACGUCUCUCUUUAAUAUGCCAUUUCUUUUCUCUAUCUUGUUUAACAUAAUAUAUUUAUAAUAGAAAUAGUAAAUAAGGACAUUAAAAGAGUUAUCAUCUGUGUCAUUUGGGGUUUGUUUUUAAUGAUUGAUUUUUCUUACUUUGGGUAAUAUUUUCCUGCUACUCUGCAUGCCUGGUAAUUUUUUAAUUGAAUGUGAAUUUUAUACUAUUGGGUGUUAGGUUUUUGUGUACAUGUGUGUAUUCUUUUAAAUCUUCUUGAGCUUUGUUUUGGAAUACAGUUAAGUUACUUGGAAACAGUUUGAUCACUUCAAGGCUUGCUUUGAAGCUUUGUUGGGUGGGCCAGAGCACCAUUUACUCAGGGCUACUUUUCUCCCCUAUUGAAGCAGUAUCCUCCUGAGUAGUCACCCCAAUGUCUUGUUUAUUAUAUGAGGUUUUUCCAAUUUGACUGUGGGAACACAAACUAGUCCCAGCUCAGAAUGUCUCUGCUUGCUUCUUUUUGGUAGUUCUUUCCUUGUUUGGUAUUUCCCAACAACAGGUAUUGCGCUGAUCAGUACUUACCUAAAAACUUGAAAGGAACCCUCUGCACAUUUUUUUGGAACUGUCCUCUCUAUGCAGCUGUCUUCUCUCUGGUACUGUCUUUUGCAAAUUCCAGCUGUCUUGGCCUUUCCAAAUUCUUAACUCUGUCUUCUCAACACAGCAAGACUGCUUGGUUUGGUUUGGGUUCCCCCUUCCUGUACCACAGCCUAGAAAUGGCCUGUAAGCAGUAAUCUGGGGCAGUCAUGGGGCUCAACUCAUCUAAUUCCUUUCUUACUGUCUAUUGUCCAACAUUUAAAACCCAUUUUUCAUAUGUUUUUCUUUUUUUUUUUUUUCCAGUUGUUUAAGGUGGGAGAGUAAAUGUCUUUCCCACCUUAAUAAAUGGAGCAAAGUUUACUCAGUUGCUUAGGGUUUCUUCUUGGGGCUCCUCUCUUCUCCUCCAUAUCUAAUCCACCAGCAAAUUGUGUCAGUCCUACAUUUCCACUGCUACUAGGUUAAGCCUCCUUCACUUUCACCAGAAUUAACAUGCUGAGCCUUUCCAUUCUUGCUUCCUACAGUUGGUUCUCCACAGCCACAUGAAUAAGCUUAAAAAUAUGGAAACUAUACUUAGAUCAUUCCUUCUAAAGCCCUUCCUGGUUUUCCCUGUGGUGGCUUCCAAGGUCCUUCAUUAUCAGGCUUGCCUCCUUUUCCAACUUCAUUCCUCAAUACCAUACAACCAUACUGGCCUCCCUCUAUUCCUCCAUUACACCAGGUUCUUUCUCAUAUCAGAUUUGUGCCCACAAUACAUUUUCUUAUGUUCUCCCCUGAACGGCUGCUCAGUUGUCUGUUCCUCUGAUGACCCUAAAGUAGCUCUCUGUCUUUCCUUGUUAUCAGUUACAUGGCCCUAUUCAUUUCCUUCAGGGCACUUAUCAUAAUCUGAUCAUCUUGUUUUUUUUAUUUUUACUGCAGGCAAGUCCUUUAUUUUUUUAAAAAUUAUUUGCUUUUAUUUAAGGUUUGGUUGAUAUACAAUAUUAUAUUAAUUUCAGGUGUAUAAUAUAGUGAUUCGACAUUUAUAUACAUUAUAAAAUGCUCACCACAGUUAAGUAUAGUUACCAUCUGUCACCAUACAAAGUUAUUACAAUAUUAUUGACUACAUUCCUCAUGCUGUACUUAUACCCCAUUUUAUUUACAAUAAAAUAAAAGCUUAUUUAUUUUAUAACUGGAAGUUUGUACCUCUUAAUCCCCUUCGCCUAUUUCACUCAUCUUCUUAUUCCCUUCCCUUCUGGUAGCCACCACUUUGUUCUCUGUAUUUAUAAAUCUGUUUCUGUUUUGUCUUUCAGAUUCCACAUAUAAGUGAAAUCAUAUGGUAUUUCUGUUUCUCUGUCUUAUUUCACCUUGCAUAACACCUUUUAGGUCUAUCCAUGUCACAAAUGGCAGGAUUUCAUUCUUUUUUCUGGCUGAGUAAUAUUCUUGUGUGUGUGUGUGUACACAAUAUCUUCUUUAUUCAUUCAUCUAUCAGUGGAUACUUAGGUUGCUUCCUUAUCUUGGCUAUUGUAAAUAUGCUGUAAUAAACAUAGGGAAGUAUAUAUCUUUUCAAAUUAGUGUUUUUGUUCUCCUUGGGUAAAUACCCAGUGGUACAAUUACUAGAUCAUAUGGUAUUUGUCUUUUUAAUUUUUUGAGGAACCUCCAUGCUGUUUUCCAAAGUGGCUGCACCAAAUUUACAUUCUCAACAAUAGACCAACAGUGCAAGAGGGUCCCCUUUUAUCUAUAUUCUUGCUAACACUUGUUACUUCUUGUGUUUUUGAUACGAGCCAUUCUGACAGAUGUCAGGUGAUAUCUCACUGUGGUUUUGAUUUGCAUUUCCCUGAUGAUUAGUGAUGAUGACCAUCUUUUCAUGUGUCUGUUAGCCAUCUGUAUGUCUUUUUUUGGGAAAAACAUCUAUUCAGAUCCUCUGUCCAUUUUUAAAUUCCAUUGUUUGUUUUUUUGGCUACGAGUUGUAUGAGUUUUUAAAUAUAUUUUGGAUGUUAAUCCUUACUGAAUAUAUUAUUUGCAAAUAUCUUCUCCCAUUCUGUAGGUGUCCUUUUUGUUUUGUUGAUGAUUUUCUUUGUUGUGAAAGAGCUUUUUAUUUUGAUAUAGUCCCACUUGCUUAUUUUUGCUUUUGUUGCCCUUGUCUGAGGAGACAGAUCCAAAAAAUUACUGCUAAGACCAAUGUUCAAGAGUAUUACUUGUCUAUAUUUUCUUUUAGGAGUUUUACUGUCUCAAGUCUUACAUUUAGGUCUUUGUUUUAUUUUAUUUAUUUAUUUAUUUAUUUAUUUAUUUAUUUAUUUAUUUAUUUAUUUAUUUAAAUUUAUUUGACACAGAGAGACACAGCGAGAGAGGGAACACAAGCAGGGGGAGUGGGAGAGGGAGAAGCAGGCUUCCCGCCAAGCAGGGACCCCGAUUUGGGGCUCGAUCCCAGGACCCUGGGACUAUGAGCUGAGCUGAAGGCAGACGCUUAAUGACUGAGCCACCCAAGUGCCCCACAUUUAGGUCUUUAAUCAAUUUUAUUUUUGUAAAUAGUAUAGGAAAAUGAUCCGGUUUUAUUCUUUUUUGUGUAGCUGCCCAGGUUUCCCAACACCAUUUAUUUAAGAGACUGUCUUUUCCCCAUUGUGUAUCCUUGCCUCCUUUGUUGUAGAUUAAUUGACCAUAUAAGUACAGUUUAUUUUGGGGUUCUCUACUCUGUUCCAUUGAUCUGUGUGUCUAUAUUUGUGCCAGUUCCAUACUGUUUUCAUGACUAUAGCUCUGUACUAUAGUUUGAAAUCUGUUAUUGUGAUACCUCCAGCUUUGUCCUUUUUCAAGAUUGCUUUGGCUAUUUGGGGACUUUUGGAGUUCCAUACCAAUUUUAGGAUUAUUUAUUCUAGUUCUGUGAAAAAUGCUUUUCGUAUUUUGAGAGGGAUUGCACUGAAUCUGUAGAUUGCUUUGGGUAGUGUGGAUGGACAUUUUAACAAUAUUAAUUCUUCCAAUACAUGAGAAUGGUAUAUCUUUUUAUUUGUAUCAUCUUUAAUUUCUUUAAUAAUGUCUUAAGAGUACAGGUCUUUCACCUCUUUGGUUAAAUUUAUUCCUAGGUAUUUUAUUGUUCUUGAUACAGUUGUAAAUGAGAUUGUUUUUGUAAUUUCUCUUAUAAUUCAUUAUUAGCGUAUAGAAAUGCAACAGAUUUCUCGAUAUUAAUUUUGCAUCCUACAACUUUACUGAAUUCAUUUAUUCUAAUAAGUUUCUGGUGGAGUCUUUAGGGUUUCUAUAUAUGGCAUCAUGUCAUCUGCAAAUAGUGACAGUUUUACUUCUUCCUUACCAAUUGGGAUGCCUUUUAUUUCUUUUUCUUGUCUGAUUGCUGCAGCUAGGGCUUCUAGUAUUAUGUUAAAUAAAAGUGGUGAGAGUGGAUAUCCUUGUUUUGUUCCUGAUCUUAGAGGAAACGCUUUCAGCUUUUUACCCUUGAGUAUGAUGUUAGCUGUGGGUUUUUCAUAUAUGGCCUUUAUUAUGUUGAGGUAUAUUCCUUCUAUCCCCACAUUGUUGAGAGUUUUUAUCAUGAAUGGAUGCUGAAUUUUAUCCAAUGCCUUUUCUACCAUUUAGACGAUCAUGUGAUUUUUUUAUCAUUUUUUUGUUAAUGCGAUGUAUCACGUUGACUGAUUUGUGGAUAUCGAACCAUCCCUGCUUACUUGGAAUAAAUCUCACUUGAUCAUGGUGAAUGGUCCUUUUAAUGUAUUGUUGAAUUCAGUUUGUUGAGGAUUUUUGCAUCAUGUUCAUCAAGGAUAUUGGCCUGGAAUUUUCUUUUGUCAUAGUAUUUUUCUUUUUGGUAUCAGGUUAAUGCUGGCUUUGUAGAAUGAAUUUGGAAGCAUUCCUUCCUCUUCAGUUUUUUUGAAAAAGUUUGAGGAUAUGUAUUAACUCUUAUGUUUGGUAGAAUUCACUUGUGAAGCCAGCUGGUCCUAGACUUUUGUUUGUUGGGAGCUUUUUGAUUACUGAUUAAAUUUAUUACUAGUAAUUGGUCUGUUCAGAUUAUCUUUUUCUUCCCUUUUCAGUUUUGAAAGAUUGUAUGUUUCUAGGUAUUUACCUAUUUCUUCCAGGUUGUCCAAUAUGUUGAUGUACAAUUUUUGUAGUAGCCAUUUGUAAUGCUUUGUAUUUCUGUGGUGUCAGUUGCAACUUCUCUUUCAUUUCUGAUUUUGAGUCCUCUUUUUUCCUUUGAGUGUCUAAUGUUUUAUCUUUUUAAAGAACUAGCUCUUAGUUUCAUCCUUUCUAUUGUUUUUUUUGGCUCUAUUUUUUCAGCUCUGAUCUUUAUUAUUUCCUUCCUUCUAAUGACUUUGAGAUUUAUUCUUCUCUUUCUCUCUUUUUUUUUUUUUAGGUGUAAGAUUAGAUUGAGAUUUUUCUUGUUUCUUAAGAUAGGCCUGUAUUGCUAUAAACUUUCCUCUUAGAUGGAAGUGGGGUGUCCCCUACUAUGAUUGUAUUACUGUUAGUUUCCCCCUUUGUAUCUGUAAGUAUUUGCUUUAUAUAUUUAGGUACUCCUAUGUUGGGUGUAUAGAUAUUUACAAUUGUUAUAUAUUCUCGUAGGAUUGAUCCCUUUUACAUUAUUUAAGGCCUUCUUUGUCUCUUGUUAUAGUCUUUGUUUUAAAGUCUAUUUUGUCUGAUAUAAGUAUUACUACCCCAGCUUUUUUUUUUAUUCCAUUUGCAUGGAGUAUCUUUUUCCAUGUCUUCACUUUAAGUCUGUGUGUCUUGAGGUCUGAAGUGAGUCUCUUCUAGGCAACAUAUAGAUGGGUCUUUUUUUUUUUUUUCCUCCAGUCACCCUAUGUCUUUUGACUAGAACAUUUAGUCCAUUUACAUUUAAAGUAGUUAUUGAUAGGUAUGUGUUUAUUGCCAUUUUGUUACUUGUUUUAUGGUUGUUUUGUAGUUCUUCUCUGUUCUUCUUUUUUGCUCUCUUCCCUUGUGAUUUGAUGAUUUUCUUUAGUGUUAGGCUUAGAUUUCUUUCUCUUUAUUUUUGUGUAUUUAUUAUCGGUUUUUGGUUUGUGGUUGCCAUGAGGUUUAUGUAUAACAUCCUAUGUAUACAGGAGUCUAUUUUAAGUUGAUGUUUGCUUAAGUUUGAACAUAUUCUAUUUUUUUUUUUUGAAGAUUUUAUUUAUUUGAGAGAGAGAAUGAGAGAGAGAGAGCACAUGAGAGGGGGGAGGAUCAGAGGGAGAAGCAGACCCCCCUGCUGAGCAAGGAGCCCGAUAUGGGACUCGAUCCUGGGACUCCAGGAUCAUGACCUGAGCCGAAGGCAGUUGCUUAACCAACUGAGCCACCCAGGCGCCCAAGUUUGAACAUAUUCUAAAACACAUUGUAAAAAUACUACAUUUUUACUCCCCUUCUCCAUGUUUUAUGUAUUUGGUGUUAUAUUUUACAUCUUUUUAUUUUGUAUAUCCCUGAACUAAUUAUUGUAGAUAUAAUUGAUUUUGUAAGUGAUUUGAUCUACUACCUUUACUAUAUGUUUGCUUUUACUAGUGGACGUUUUUAUCUUUCAUAAAUUCUUACUAAAGUUUUGGCCUUUUCCACUUAAAGAAGUCCUUUUAACAUUUUUUUAAGACCAGUCAGUGGUGAUAAACUCCUUUAACUUUUGUUUGUCUGGGAAACUAUCUCUCCUUCAUUUCUGAAUGAUGACCCUUCUGGGAGGAAUAUUGUUGGUUGGAGGUUUUUUCCUUUCAGCACUUUGAAUAUAUCAUGCUAUCCCCUUUUGGCCUGCAAAGUUUCUGUUAAAAAAAUCAAAUGAUAACCUUGUGGGGUUUCCCUUGUAGGUAACUGGUUGCUUUUCUCUUGCUGCCUUUUUUUUUUUUUUUUUAAAGGUUUUAUAUUAGUCACCCAGUGCUCAUCACAAGUGGAGACUCCUUAAUCCCCAUCGCCUAUUUAACCCAUUCUCCCCCCACCCUCAUUCUCUCCCCUCUGGUAACCAUCAGUUUGUCCUCUAUAGUUGAGAGUCUGUUUUUUGGUUUGUCUCUCUUUUUCCCCCACUGCUCAUUUGUUUUGUUUCUUAAAUUCCACAUGAGUGAAAUCAUAUCAAAUUUGUCUUUUUCUGACUGACUUAUUUCACUUGGCAUUAUACACUUUAGCUCCAUCCAUGCCAUUGCAAAUGGCAAGAUUUCAUUCUUUAUUUUUUAUUUUUAUUUAUUUAUUUGAGAGAGUGAGUGAGAGAGAGAGCAUGAACGGGGGUGGGGAGGGGUAGAGGGAGAAGCAGACUCCCUACUGAGCAGGGACCCUGGAAUCAUGACCUGAGUUGAAGGCAGAUGUUUAACUGACUGAGCCACCCAGGUGCCCCAAGAUUUCAUUCCUUGUUAUGGCUGAAUAAUGUUCCAUUGUAUAUAUACACCACAUCUUUUUUAUCCAUUCAUCAGUCUUGGCUCCUGUAAAUAGUGCUGCUAUAAACAUGUGUCCCUUUGAAUUAGUGUUUUGAUUUUUUUUUAAGAUUUUAUUUAUUUGAGAGAGAGACAAAACAUGAGCCAAGGGAGGGGUAGAUGGAGAGGGAGAGGGACAAGUCGACUCCUGGCUGAGUGCAGAGCCUGACGAAGGGCUCAAUCCCAGGACCCUGAGAUCAUGAGCUGAGCUGAAGUCAGAUGCUUAACAGACCACCCAGGUGCCCCAGAGUUUUGAUAUUCUUUGGGUAAAUACCCAGUAGUGCAACUGCUGGAUCAUAGGGUAGUUCUAUUUUUAAUUUUUUGAGGAACCUUCAUACUGUUUACCAGAGUGACUGUACCAGUUUGCAUUCCCAACAGUGCAACAAAGGUUCCUUUUUCUCCACAUCCUCAGCAAUACCUCUUGUUUCUUGUGUUGUUGAUUUUAGCCAUUCUAACAGGUGUGGGGUGAUAUCUCAAUGUAGUUUUAAUUUGUAAUUGCCCUGAUGAUAAGUGAUGAUAACGAUCUUUUCAUGUGUCUGUUGGUCAUCUGUAUGUCUUCUUUGGAGAAAUGUCUGUUCAUAUCUUCUGCCCAUUUUUUAAUUGGAUUAUUUGUGUUUUGGGCGUUGAGUUUUAUAAGUUCUUUAUAUAUUUUGGAUACUAACCCUUAACUGGCUGUGUCAUUUGCAAAUAUAUUCUUCCAUCUGUAGAUUGCCUUUUAGAUUUGUUGAUUGUUUCCUUCACUGUGCAGAGGCUUUUUAUUUUUAUCAAGUCCCAAUAGUUUUGUUUUUGUUUCCUUGCUUCAGGAGACAUAUCUAGAAAGAUGUUUCUAUAGCUGAUGUUAAAGAGGUUACUGCCUGUGUUCUUCUAGGAUUUUUAUGGUUUCAGAUCUCACAUUUAGGUCAUUAAUCUAUUUUGAAUUUAUUUCUGUGUAUGGUGUGAGUAAGUGGUCCAGUUCCAUUCUUUUGAAUGUUGCUGUCCAGUUUUCCCAACACUGUUUGUUGAAGAGACUGUGUUUUUCCCAUUGGCUAUGCUUUCCUGCUUUGUCAUAGAUUAAUUGACCAUAUAAUUGUGGGUUUAUUUCUAGGUUUUCUAUUCUGUUCUGUUGAUCUAGGUGUCUGUUUUUGUGGUAGUACCAUAUUGUGUUGAUCACUACAGCUUUGUAAUAUAACUUGAAGUCCAGAAUUGUGGUGCCUCCAGCUUUGCUGUUCUUUUUCAAGAUUGCUUUGGCUAUUCAGGGACUUAUGUGAUUCCAUAGAAAUUUUAGUAUUGUUUGUUCUAGUUCUGUAAAAAAAUGCUAUUGGUAUUUUUAUAGGGAUUGCAUUAAAUGUGUAGAUUGCUUUGGGUAGUAUAGAUAUUUUAACAGUAUUUGUUCUUCCAGUCCAUGAGCAUGGCAUGCUUUUCCAUUUCGUUGUGUACAAGUCUUGUACAGAGUACAAGUCUUUCAUCUCGUUGGUUAUGUUUAUUCUUAGGUAUCUUAUUAUUUUGGGUGCAAUUGUAAAUGUGAUUUUCAAAAAAAAAUUCUGCCGCUUCAUUAUUGGCAUAUAGAAAUGCAACAGAUUUCUGUACAAUGAUUUUGUAUCCUGUGACUCUACUGCAUGCAUUUAUCAGUUCUAGCGUUUUUUUGAUGGAGUCCUUCAAGUUUUCUAUAAGUUUCAUGUCAUUUGCAAAUAGUGAAAGUUUUACUUCUUCAUUACUGAUUUGGAUGCCUUUUGUUUCUUUUGGUUGUCUGGCUGCUGUGGCUAGGACUUCCAGUCUAUGUUGAACAAAAGUGGUGAGAUUGGACAUCCCUGUCUUGUUCCUGACCUUUAGGGAAAGGCUGUCAGUUUUUCCCCAUUGAGGAUGAUGUUGGCUGUGGGUUUUUCAUAUAAGGCCUUUAUUAUGUUGAGGUAUGUUCCCUCUAGACCUACUUUGUAGAGGGUUUUUUUAAUCAUGAAUAGGUGUUGUACUUUGUCAAAUGCUUUUUCUGUGUCUACUGAAAUGAUCAUAUGGUUCUUAUCCUUUCUCUUAUUGAUGUGACAUAUCACGUUGAUUGAUUUGUGAAUACUGAACUAUCCUUGCAGCCCAGGAAUAAAUCUCACUUAAUUGUGGUGGAUUAUUUUUUUUAAUGUAUUGUUGGAUUGGGUUUGCUAGCAUUUUGUUGAGGAUUUUUACAUCUUUGUUCAUCAGAAAUAGUGGCCUGUAGUUUUCUUUUUUUUGUGGUGUCUUCAUCUGGGUUUGGUAUCAGAGUAAUGCUGGCCUUAUAAAAUGAACUUGGAUGUUUUCCUUCCUUUUUUAUUUUUGGGAAUAGUUUGAGAAGAAUGGGAAUGAACUCUUCGUUAAAUGUCUAGCCCCAUUCACCUGUGAAGCCAUCUGGUCCUGGACUUCAGUUUGUUGGGAGUUUUUUGAUUACUGAUUCAAUUUCUUUGCCAGUAAUCAGUCUGUUCAAAUUUUCUUUCUUCCUGUUUCAGUUUUGAUAGGUUAUAUGUUUCUAGGAAUUUAUCCAUUUCUUCUAAGUUGUCCAAUUUGUUGGCAUAUAGUUUUCAUAAUAUUCUCUUAUAAUUGUUUAUAUUUCUGUGGUGUUUGUUGUUAUUUCUCUUCUCUCUCAGUUUUAUUUAUUUGGGUCCUUUCUCUUUUUUUCUUGAUAAGUCUGGCUAAAGGUUUAUCAAUUUUAUUGAUUUUUUUCAAAGAACCAGCUCCUGGUUUUCUUGAUCUGUUCUAUUGUUGUUGUUUUUUUUUAAUUUCCCUAUCAUUUAUUUCUGCUCUAAUCUUUAUUAUUUCCUCCCUCCUAUUGUUUUAGGCUUUGUUUAUUGCCCUUGCUUCUUGAGGUAAGCCUGUUUCUAUAAACUUCCCUCUUAGAAUCGCUUUUGCUGCAUCCCGAAGGUUUUGAACCAUUGUGUUUUCACUUUCAUUUGUUUCUAUGUGCUUUUUAAUUUCUUCUUUUACUUCCUGGUUGACCCAUUCAUUUUUUAGUAGCAUGUUAUUUAACCUCCAUGUCUUUGUGGUCUUUCCAGAUUUUCUCUUGUUGACUUCUAGUUUCAUAGCGUUGUGGUCAGAAAAGGCUCAUGGUAUAAUGUUGAUCAUUUUGAAUUUUUGAGUUUUGUUGUGUGGCCUAAUAUGUGAUCUGUUCUGGAGAAUGUUCCAUGUGCACUUGAAAAGAAUGUGUAUUCUGCUGUUUUAGAAUGGGAUGUUCUGAAUAUAUCUGUGAAAUCCAUCUGGUCCAGGUUGUCAUUCAAAGCCACUGUUUCCUUGUUGAUUUUCUGUUUAGAUGAUCUGUCCAUUGAUGUAAGUGGGGUGUUAAGUCCCCUACUAUUAUUGAUUAGUUCCUUUGAGUUUGUUAUUAACUAUUUUAUGUAUUUGGGUACUCCCAUGUGGGAUGCAUAAAUAUUUACAAUUGUUACCAUCUUCUUGUUGAAUUGUCCUGUUUAUUCUUAUAGUGCCCUUCUUUGUUUCUUGUUAAAGUCUUUGUUUUAAAGUCUAUUUUGUCUGAUAUAGUAUUGCUAUUCAGGCUUUCUUUUGAUGUCCAUUUGCAUGAUAGAUGUUUCUCCAUCCCCUCGCUUUCAAUCUGCAGGUGUCUUUAGGUCUAAAAUGA